AAAGAAGCUUUACAGCAUUACAUUGUCAGGAUAGAAUUGAAACCCUCUGUGCAAUUACUGUAGAACUUAGUUAUAGUGACUUCUGAUAGAUCAAUCAACUGGACACUGUUACCUAAUCGUGAGUUUUGUUAUAACUUUAAUUUUAGGUAUUGGAGCACCCGAUUGGAUAAUUGCGUCACAGCUGAUGAUCUGUCAAAACGUCACAAUAUUUAAAUCGGCAAUAGUUCUCGGGAAACUGUAUUUGUAAUAGUAACAACGUAUGGCCAAUUGAAAGGAAUGAAUUGGCAUUUACCACUGUGAUCACAAAUAGCAACUUGUUGGAUUGGUGUAGAGAGUUACAGCGUUUUAACGUUUCGCCUGUGUCAAAAUGAUGUCGAAAGGAAUGGAAGCAAAACAUGUGCUGCAUAGUGGGUACUUUCACCCAGUUCUCAGGGCUUGGCAGUGUCCCAAUGUGACUAUCAAGCCUGAGAAUCUUAUGUUUCCUCUCUUUGUGACAGACAAACAUGAACCUACUCCCGUUGCCAGCUUGCCAGGGGUGUCUCGUUAUGGUGUUUCCAACUUGAAGGAAGUCUUGCAGCCAUUAAUUGCUAAGGGGUUAAGAUCGGUGUUAUUGUUUGGUGUUUCAGAGAAUUUAGUGAAAGUUUGUCUAUGUGCUUACACCAGUCAUGGCCAUUGUGGUAUCCUGAAGGACGGUGUAAUCGCCAACGAAGAGAGCAUUGCCCGGCUGGCCCAAGUGGCUGUCAAUUACGCCAAAGCAGCGCCAACACAUAGCGCAGCGCGCCGUGGUGAGUGCACGCUCACGGCCCCCCUAACACGACCUCCUCAGACACUGCUAGCGCCAACACAUAGCGCAGCGCGCAGUGGUGAGUCCACGCUCACGACCCCCCUAACACGACUGCUAGCGCCAACAGUUGGCGCACCGCGCCGUGGUGAGUCCUCGCUCACGGCUCCCUUAACAAGACCUCCUGAGACACCGCUAGCGCUAACAGAUGGUGGUGAGUCCAUGCUCUCGAAUCCCUUAAGACCGUCUACGCGCCCUGCUUCGAUCCCCGCUCGCAACAUCUCCCGUUUGUCACACAGCCUCCCGCCCCUUAGUGAUUGCCCACGCCCCUCGCAGGGCCCCUUCACACGUAGACACAGCGGCCCAACACGGCGGAUGCAAAGAGACGUGGAAGAGGGCUGUGAUAUGCUCAUGGUGAAGCCAGGACUUGCCUACCUGGAUAUUGUGCGACAGACCAAGGACCUGUUUCCUCAAUACCCUCUGUUCGUUUAUCAGGUGCGGACUGUAUCAUUACGUACUUCACUCCUAUGGUGUUGGAUUGGUUAUCACGAAGCAAGCUGUGAAUAAAUAAGUGCUUUAAGCUUGAGCCAUUGAAUAAUGUUAUCCUUUUAAUCACAAAAUAUAAUAUGGUGUCAUGUUUCAAUGUCCUUUUUCUUUAAUUCUUUUACUCAGGUUCAUUUUCCAUUCAUCAUCGGUCCUUUAUCAUUCCCUUUAAUGUUCUUUGUAGAUGAAAGAGAACCUUACCUGUAGCAAAUUUAACAAGUGGUGCAACACACGCAUAUACUUCCUCAUAUUAUGGCAACUUCUGUGCUAUAACUUGAACUUGGCAGGCAAAGCCUAACGGCCUGAAGGAGAACGUGCUUCUUUACAUUUG